AUGCCGUUCAUCACACAUCAUUUGCCGUAUACUCAUACACGACCAAGCAUCUUUCAUGCUUCAUCAUCAUCAGCAACUGGCUAUGGCUAUCGUCGUAACUUAAGUAGAAACGAACGUAGAUCAAGAGAGAAUUAUCAAUUAUUGAAUGAGAACAUGCACAGAAAUGAGCUUGAAGUACCUGACAUGUCCGUAUGGAAGAAAUAUGCUCGAAUAAUCCUUCCCCAUGUUGGUUUGAUACUUCUUUCCCUAUUCUAUGUGAUUGGUGGAGCUGUAGCAUUUUAUAAUCUGGAAAGACCACAUGAGAUGGCUGUACGUGAACUUUCGAUACGUAAGUUCCAUUUGCAAAAAGAAAAAAUGCUCGACGACAUAUGGGAGCUAAUAGAGUCUGGACAUAGCACAGAUUACAUCGAAGACGUUGCGUCAGAAUAUGUGGAUAAUGUGACGAGGAUAUUAUUCGAGGCUUUUGAUACGCAUUACAUCAGUGCUAAGCAUCUGAAACCUGGAGGAGAUAAAGAAGCUUAUAGUUGGACAUUCAUCACUGCAUUGUUUUUCACAGCAACACUACUUACCACUAUCGGCUAUGGAAACCUAGUACCAAUGACAUGGCAGGGACGCAUGUUCUGUAUUGCAUAUGCACUACUUGGUGUUCCACUGAUUCUUAUUACAGUAGCCGAUAUCGGUAAAUUUUUAUCUGAAAAUAUCAUAUGGCUGUAUACGAGAUAUACAAAAGCUCGAAGUCAGUGUAGAAGUCAAUAUACAGCGGUACCAACAUCUGAAGAAACUACAAGAGAUGGAGAGCAUCUCAUGCAGGGCUUGGAGCAUUAUAUUUCCAUUCCGAUGAGCUUGAUUGUUGUUAUCCUACUUGGUUACAUUGCUCUCGGAGCCGUACUGUUGGGUUCUUGGGAAAACUGGGAGUUCUUCUCCGGUUUCUAUUUUACUUUCAUCACAAUGACUACUGUUGGUUUUGGGGACAUUGUGCCUAUGAACAGAGAAUUUUAUUUAUUAGAUUUAUGUUAUAUAAUUGUUGGAUUAGCUAUAACAACUAUGUGUAUCGAUUUGGUUGGUAUUCAAUAUAUCAGAAAGAUUCAUUACUUCGGACGAGCUAUCAAGGAUGCUCGUUUUGCUCUUGUGAACGUUGGAGGAAAGAUGGUGCAUGUUCCAGAUUUGAUGAGAUAUGCAAGUGUUCUUCAACAGAAAUAUGGACACAAAAAGCCUCAAGAUACGAUUGUUGUCAAGGGAGCAUAUGCGCCAAGAGAUCUCGCAAGGAUAAGGUUCAUUGACUACAGUGCAUUGGCCUCUGUGGAAAGCUUUCAAACGUUGUUUUCAAAUAUUCUGAGCACAAAAUCAAAAGAACAAGCUGUUUAA